CCCUUGCCAGACCAGCCAUUGUUUUCAGCUCUUGCCGGAGAUCCUAAGCUUGCGCAUUCAGUCUUUAAAGGAGGCUUGACGCCUUUCCAACAGUAUCGGUGAAAGGCAUUCCGCUUUAGACUCCCUCUUAAAACUCAUCUUUGAUUUGCUUGACCGCUGCCCACUCGAUCGGUCGCCACCUUACGCAACGUCAUGUCAUUUAUGGACGACAAUCAGAACUCUGCUCCAAGCAGCGUCCAAUCCAACAAGCUGGGCGGCGCCAGGAAAGCUGCUGAGCCGGGCCAGAAUGCCGCGAAGAGGUUGCAGACGGAGCUUAUGCAGCUCAUGACCUCGCCGGCGCCGGGCGUCUCUGCGUUUCCCUCUGCCGACGGCAACCUGCUCUCGUGGAGAGCUACGAUCGAGGGCCCCGAUGACACUCCCUACGCCGGCCUCACAUUCAAGCUCAGCUUCGAGUUCCCGUCCAACUACCCGUAUGCGCCGCCAACUGUGCUGUUCCGGACGCCCAUCUACCACCCCAAUGUCGACUUCUCGGGCCGCAUCUGUCUCGACAUUCUGAAGGACAAGUGGACCGCGGCGUACAACACCCAGACCGUGCUGCUAAGUUUGCAGUCUUUGCUGGGAGAGCCCAACAAUUCAUCUCCGCUGAACGGGGAGGCUGCUGAGCUGUGGGACAAGGACCCGGCUCUGUUCAAGACCAAGGUCAUGGACCGCCACAAGGACAUCGAGGACGACUGAGGGCGAGGCAUUGGGCAUGGGUUGGCGUUUUUCUGGGCUGUCAAGGACAAUUGGAGUCAUCAGCUGGUUUUUCGGGCCUUCGGGUCCGCGGAGUACGGUCACCUGGUUAGGAUUGCAUUGCCAGGGCGAAUUGGUUCAUGAGUAUGCCAUCGUUUGUCUUCUGGCGGUGCAGCCCGAAUGUACAUCAAGCAUUGGCUGUAAUGGACAUUGGUUGUCCAUGAGCGUAACACUCCGAGAUAAUCCCAGCGCAUCAUUCUUAUAGCUUCCCAAGCAACGCCAGCCCCCACCGCAGCGCCCUCAACGUUCGUCGGAAUGGUUUCUGGUAUCGAAGGUGCCGUGCUUUACGAACCCCAUGUAUUCGUAAUAGGAAGCUAAAUGCCAUGUGAAAACUCCGGAAAAGUCCAAUGCCGCCCUGAAACCGAACCACGGCCCAAUCUCGAAACCCCAGUUUUGUUGCCAGCCUUUACUCCUCGACAACAACGGUGUGCAGGCCCUUGGGGUUCUUGACGUUGACGGCUUGCACGUAACUGUAGAGCUUCUCCUUGGCGCCUUCCUCGUCGUUACGUCUCCGGGAGAUGCGAAUGCGGAGUCUGUAAGGAACGCCCUUG